GGGGUCCUUUCACUUGCACGAGGAUCCCCAAGCUCGUCGCAUUUACAGUCUAUCUAAGUAAUUUGUGAUUUUAAACAUUGAAAUCAAAAUACACUAUGGAUUUAGACAAGACCACAGCUUGUGAGAGUGCGGUGACAGGGGAAAAUCAAGAGGAUUCGGAGUCUUUCACCAAAGUAAAGUCUAAAAAGACGCAAAAAAGGAAACGAGAACAAGAUGGAGUAGACAUGGACACAGCUGACUCUGUGGCAUGCAAGAGACCACAAUUUCCACCAAUCUCUGGCGAUCAACUGAGGGGACCAGAUGAGAUGCGUAAAAUUGCAGUACCAGCUCACAGAUAUACCCCUUUAAAGGAGAACUGGCUUAAGAUUUUUACCCCUAUUGUUGAGAAUCUACAGCUGCAAGUCAGAUUCAACCUGAAAACUAGAAAUGUUGAAAUCAAAACAUGUAAAGAGACACAGGAUAUAAGUGCUUUAACUAAAGCAUCAGAUUUUGUGAAAGCAUUUAUUCUCGGAUUUCAAGUUGAAGAUGCCUUGGCUCUCAUCAGAUUAGAUGAGCUUUUCCUGGAGAGCUUUGACGUCACAGAUGUGAAACCUCUAAAGGGAGACCACUUAUCUCGGGCAAUAGGAAGAAUAGCAGGGAAAGGUGGAAAAACAAAAUUUACUAUUGAAAAUGUCACAAAGACACGUAUUGUAUUAGCUGACACAAAAGUUCACAUAUUGGGGUCCUUUCAAAACAUCAAAAUGGCAAGAACAGCAAUUUGUAAUUUGAUAUUGGGAAGUCCACCUUCAAAGGUCUAUGGCAAUAUCAGAGUGGUGGCCAGCAGGACGGCAGAGCGAUUCUGAGCAUCGAUCUGUUACUGUCAAUGUGCUUUCCGCUUACUGGUGGAUUUCUCAUCUGUGAAGACCUUUUAGGCUGUUGGCAACACUUUCCUGUCCAUACAUACAAGUCUUAUAUGUACCUGGACUAAUGGCAGGAACAAAUGUACUGGUGUUUACAUUUACACAGUGAGCAUCAAGUGAUAUGUAAAUAAAUAAAUUACAAUGUUUUGAACUUCCAA